AUAACAACACAGGCGAAAACGGAUGUUUGCACAAAGAAGAACAAUGCUAAUGUCGGAUUACGAGUUCCGGGAUCCAACUGGAAAAUGUAUAAGAAUAUCGCUACGAAAACAUCUCUGAAUAACCAACCAUCUUCUGGCACUCGAGCUAAGAAAAAAAAAAACAGUUUGAUAUCUAAUACAGAGCCUAAUAAACUUGAUUUCCAAUGUCAUGAAAAUAAAAAUCAGAUAUCCAAAUGCCGUAAGGAAGAAAAUAAACAGGUGACUAUCGAACAAGUGAAACUGACAAGGUGCAUAGCUAUGGAUUGUGAAAUGGUUGGCAUUGGAGAUGGCAAAGAAAGUAUGAUCGCUAGAGUGUCUAUUGUAAAUGACUGUGGUGUUUGUAUUUACGACAAAUAUGUAAAGCCGAUGGUAACUGUAAAAAAUUAUCGUACCCCUGUUAGUGGCAUUAGACCUCAUCACUUAAAAAAUGGCGAAGAUUUUGAAAUUGUGCAUAAAGAAGUAGGGGACAUUCUUAGAGGUAGAAUAUUAGUUGGACACGCACUCCACAACGACUUGUACGUUUUAUUCCUGUUUCAUCCAAAGCAUCUGCAACGGGACACGGCGAAAUACUUUCGUAAGCUUACCAAAGGUUCCACUCCAAGUUUAAAGAGACUAGCAACAGAAUUCCUCGACCUUGAUAUACAAAACGGAGAACAUAAUUCCAUCGAAGAUGCCAGGACAGCUAUGCAACUGUAUAAACUGUUUAAAACAAGAUGGGAAAAUGACUUGAGAAGAAAAUGAUAUCGAUACUUGCGUAUUAUUUUUAAAUACAAUUACAGGAAAGAUACUUUGUUGAAACUUGUAACAAUCUGUGAAAACACAAGUACAAUGUUUAAAAUAUUUUUUUAUUGCGAAGUAGUAAUAAAUAUUAAAUUUAAUUAUCAAAACUUAUAAUAUUGCGAUUUAUCUAACACUGUAUAAUCGAGUGAAAUUAAUAAAGAAACGUAUAAAUAAAUUUGAGUACAAACACCUUGUUAUCAGCAUCACCGCAACCUUGUAUGCCACAAGGAAAUCAAUUAUAGAUCGCAGCUUAGUAUAAAAGUUGGCAUUUGGACGACAAAUUGUAUUAGUGUAGUUAGGGGCCAUUCAAAGUAGUUAAACGAG